AGACACUGGAGGAGCACGCGCAGAAAGAGCGAGGAUAGCUGAGAACGUGUCCCCUGACUGCAGGUCCCAAGAAGCUUACCAUGGCAUCUGGAUCCAUGACAAUGAACCCCAUCUGCCUGGUAGAAAACCAAAAAAAUCAACUGAGAAUAAAUCCAAAAGCACUGGAGAUUCUUGACAAGAUCUCUCAGCCUGUGGUGGUGGUGGCCAUCGCAGGGCCGCACUGGACAGGAAAAUCCUACCUAAUGAACUGCCUGGCAGGGACAAGCCCCGGGUUCAUGAUGAAGUCUGAAACUAAGGGCAUCUGGAUGUGGUGUGUACCCCACUCCUCAAAGCCGAACCACACUCUGGUACUUCUGGACACAGAGGGCUUGGGCAAUGUGGAAAAGGGUGACCCUAAGAAUGACUCGUGGAUCUUUGCCCUAGCCGUGCUUCUGAGCAGCGUGUUCGUCUACAACAGCAUGGGCGCCAUCAACCAGCAGGCCCUGGAGCAGCUGCAUUACAUGACUGAACUGGCACAGCAAAUUAGGACAAAAUCCUCUCCCAGCCCUGGUGAGGAAGAUGACUCAGCUGAGUUCAUGAGUUUCUUUCCCGAUCUUGUUUGGGCUGUGCGUGAUUUCACGCUGGAGCUAGAGAUGGACGGACACCCCAUGACUGCAGAUGAGUACCUGCAGAAUGCCUUGAAGCUGAUUCCAGGUGAGGAUCCCCAAAUCCAGGAAUCCAACUUGCUUAGAGAGUUUAUCAGGAAGUUCUUUCCAAGGACGAAUUGCCUUGUCCUUGACCAGCCUACAAAUGACAAAAGAUUAUUACAGCAUAUGGAAGAUGUGUCAGAAAACCAACUAGAUUUGAAUUUCCAGGAGCAAUCUAAAAAUUUCUGUCAACAUAUCUUCACACAUGCAAAAACUAAGACGAUAAGAGAGGAAAUAAUUAUCACUGGAAAUGGACUUGGGACAAUGGCAAAGGCCUACAUGGACACCAUCAGUAGUGGAGCAGUGCCUUGUUUGGAGAAUGCGGUGGCAACUCUGGCCCAAAUCGAGAUCUCAGCAGCCGUGCAGAAGGCAGUUGACCACUACAGUGAGCAGAUGGCCCAGCAAAUAAGGUUACCCACAGACACACUCCAGGAGCUACUGGAUCUGCAUGUGACCUGUGAGAGGGAAGCCAUUAAGGUUUUUAUGGAGAACUCCUUCAGGGAUGAUAACCAGGUGUUCCAGAAGAAGCUUAUGGAAACCAUAGAGAUGAGGAAGGAAGAUUUCUUGCUGCAAAAUGAAGAGGAAUCUGGCAAACAUUGCCAGUUUCAGCUUAAGCAGCUUUCAGAGCCCUUAAUGGAAAAUAUUUUAAGAGGAACAUUCUCUGUGCCUGGAGGAUACAAUCUCUACUUAGAAGCAAUGGACAACAUUGAACAAUCCUAUAAUCUGGUACCCAGGAAAGGAAUUAAGGCAAAUGAGGUCCUCCAGAGCUUCUUGCAGGCACAGGCUGCAACAAAGGAAUCCAUCCUGCAAGGAGACAAAGCCCUCGCCACUGGGGAGAGGGAUCUAGCAGCUGAGCAUGCCAAAAACUGGGAAGCUGAGAAGGAACAAGAGCUGAUAAGGCAAAAACAGAAGGAACAGGAGGAAAAAUCAGAGGCUCAAGAGAAAAGCUUCCAGGAAAAAUUAAUCCAACUGAAAGAGAAGAUGAAGAGGGAAAGCAAGAACCGACUGAAGGUGCUGGAAAGAACACUGGAGCACAAGCUGAAGAUUCAAGAAGAACUACAAAUUGAGGGAUCUGAGAAGAUAGGGAAAGAGAUAAACCAAUUAAAGCAAGAGAUUCAAGAAACUGAAAACUUUUGGCCCUCCAUAUUUGUAGAGCUCUUUUGUAUGGCAGCCGGAGUACUGCUGGGGCCCUCCAUGUUCCAAUGAAGAAAGAAGGCAGAAAAUUUUUUUCAGAUUAGUUGAGA